AUGUUGCGUGCCAUUAACGCAAUGCAGGAUGCAGUAGUACUGGCAAACUGCAUCUACGAGAUGAAAUCGAGUUCGCAUGACGAUAUCAAGGGCGCACUCAAGGAUUACAAAAAGCAGCGCUACGCUCACGCCAAGCAACAAGUCGAGAGUAGUAACACCGCAGGAAAGAUCUUGUACGGCCAGAACUGGUUCGAGAAGUUUAUGCGCAAGGCCGUGUUGGCUUGGUUGCCUAAAUCAUUUGAGAAGAGUAACUUGACCAAGGCGGGAUCCUAUAGACCCCAGGCUUCGUUUAUUCCCCAGGCCCCUGUUCGUGGUACUGUACCUGUCUUGCCCCAGAAGCCGUCCAAGAGGUAUCAAGAGGGGCUGAAGAGACAUCAGCAGGAGAUGAAGGAGGAGGAGGGAGUGAAAGAGGAGAAGGUUGAGCAACAGGCGGAAACCCAGGCUUUUUGA